AUGAAAAAAAAAGUCAUAAUUAAAAAGUUCAACAGCAAAAUCUAUUUUAUUCUUUUAGAUAAAUCAACUAAAUAAUUUAAAGUUGAUUCCAAUCCUAUUGAAGAUUCCAGUAGUGUAUUUUUUGGUAAUUUGUCUAAAGAUAGAAGGUUUUUAGUCAUUUUAGACUAUUUGUUGAUGUGA